AUGCCAUACUUCGGAGCAAGAAUCGCAUUAGUGUAUGCUUCAGACAGAUUUCCUUCUUUCAAAAAAUUCUCGAUUUUUUCCGACAAUUCGACAAUUCUAGAAUUAACUGCAUUAGAGGUUGCUGGUGGUGGUGGCGGCGUCGUUAUGUUCACCGGGAGCUUUUGUCUAGAGGAAGUUCUUGGUGGUGGCAGCGGCGGCGGCAUGUUUCCUGGAAACUUUUGCCUUGAAGAAAAAGUAUCUGAACGAUGA